ACAAACAGAGCUAAUUGUGAAGCCUGAAUUUACUGUGCUCCACCCGCUGAAGUAAACUGUCAGGCCUGCUUAAAUCAAGAACCAGAAAUCUUUCUCACCCAAGACAACCAACAAAAAAAAGCAUCCCACCAGAAAGAGAUGGAAGAAUGGUGGAAAGCUAUGCCAAAGAUUGAACUACACGCACAUCUUAAUGGCUCCAUCCGGGACUCCACUUUGCUGGAACUUGCAAGAGAAUUGGGAGAUAAGGGAACUAUAGUUUUCUCAGAUUUUGAGCAGGUCAUCCUAAAACAUGAUCGUUCACUGGUUGAGGUUUUCAAGUUGUUCGAUUUGAUCCACCUUAUUACUACUGACCACAAAACUGUUACAAGAAUUACUAAGGAGGUAGUUGAAGAUUUUGCAGCUGAAAAUGUCGUGUAUUUGGAACUGAGAACAACUCCAAAGAGAAACGAUUCAAAAGGGAUGAGCAAAGAAUCAUACAUGCAAGCUGUUGUGGAAGGUUUAAGGGCCGUCAACAAUGUUGAUGUUGAUUUUGCUCAUAAACUAGAUGCAGAAGCUAUCGAAAAUUCUCAUCCUGCUAAUGAUAGAAAUAGUGGAAGUCGAAGGAAAAAGAUAUGUGUGAGACUUCUUCUAAGUAUUGACCGGCGUGAAUCAACGGAGGCUGCAAUGGAAACAGUUAAGCUUGCUCUACAAAUGAAGGAUUUAGGAGUUGUGGGAAUUGACCUUUCUGGCAAUCCUGUAAUUGGUGAAUGGCAAACAUUUUUGCCUGCUUUGAAGUUUGCCAAAGAGCAAGGACUUUCUGUAACUCUGCACUCUGGGGAGGUACCGAAUUCAGAGGAAGUGCAUGCAAUGCUAGAUUUUCUUCCUGGAAGAAUUGGCCAUGCCUGCUACUUUGAGGAAGACCAUUGGAGAAAAUUAAAGACAUUUAAGAUCCCGGUUGAGAUUUGUUUGACAUCGAACAUCAGAACAGAAACAAUCCCAUCGUUAGAUGUUCACCAUUUUGCUGAUUUGUAUAAUUCAGAACAUCCAGUUAGCCUCUGCACUGAUGACAUGGGGGUAUUUUCUACUAGCCUAUCACACGAGUACAGCCUUGCUGCUUCUGCAUUUGGUCUUGGAAUGAAGGAAAUGUAUACACUUGCAAGGGAUGCCAUAAACUUUAUUUUCGCGGGCAAUGAUGCGAAAGAGGAACUGAAGGAGAUAUUUGCCUCAGUUUCUAAGGAACUGAAGGCGUAAUCAGCGUUUACGAGCUUUAUGAUCUGCUGUUGGCACCAUUCAGAGACCAUUCACAGGAUAGGGAGAUAGUAUGCUCUAAAGUUCCUCAAAAUUGCAGAGAUCUAUUUGGCAUUGUUUUGUGUUAUUGCUGUUAUUUGCUUGAUUAUCCGCAAUGCCUCCCUCCUGUUUUAGUUAUUAUUUACUGUUGCUGCUCUUCAGGUUCUACAGUUGCCCAAAUUCAUAUUGUUUCCAGAAUGUUUCUAGAGAAGUAUUUUUUUUGCAUCUACUCCUGUGAUGUCUAACCUCUUUAUAAUUUGUACCCAUGGUACAGUCAUUCCAAUUAUUGCCUUUCCAUGCUAAAUUUCUUA